AUGAUGCCACUGAAUGUUUCUUUGAUAAAAUAUGACAAUCCGUUACUUAUUACUAAAAAUUCAGAUAAAAAAUCUCCCGGGGCACCUACGUUAAAGGGAACUCAUCCAGUUACAGACUCUUCAAACAAACCUUGUGUUUCACCCAGAGGAAAGACAUCCUUAGUUGAAGCUAAAAGCAACCAACAAACAGAAGAAAUAUUGAAUUCGAUUCUUCCGCCAAGGGAGUGGAGUGAAAACGGUCAGCUAUGGAUUCAACGUGCUUCAAGCACCCCAGCAACACGACUUGACGUUGUUAAUUUACAGGAAGAGCUCGAUAGACGAUUGCAACAGCGUCAAGCUAGAGAAACUGGAAUAUGCCCAGUCCGCAGAGAACUAUACAAUCAAGUAUUUGACGAACUAAUAAGACAAGUGACUAUUAACUGCGCUGAACGGGGUUUGCUUCUCCUUCGCGUCCGUGACGAGAUAAGAAUGACAAUAGCAGCAUACCAGACACUUUAUGAAUCAAGCAUAGCAUUCGGCAUGCGUAAAGCUCUUCAAUCUGAACAAGGGAAAGCUGACAUGGAACGAAUGUGUGUCUUGGUUAAAACAAGUUUGUAUCGAAACAGUGGUUAACCAUCUACAUAUUCAUGGUUGAGUGAACUCAGUCAAAUCAGCACCAGUUUACCAAUUUCACGAAUAUCAGAGAUUUGUUUACUGUUUAAUUAAAAAAUAACAAUCUCGUAUUUCAACUAUCUAUUUUUAGUCUUGGUUGUAGUUUUAUAACAAAAUAAGUAUUUCGUGAAACUACUCAUUGAAGCAUAUUUUCAGCUUCAAGCUAGGGUGUCUUAUUUCCAUGGUCUACAAAUACACAGGAACACGAACUUCUCAAAGUUGACAUCGGGACACUUGGUUGACACUCUUACUGCAAUACUUGGACCCCAUUUUACUGAGAAUUCUGCAAACGUACGUAGACAUUCAAGCCUUCUGCAAUUUAAUCCAAGUAUUGAAGUGGUGUAGCAGCUUAACCCGGCCAACAUAUGUCUCGAGUCCUAUGUUACUUAUGUCUGACUGAACGUGGUGUUUGCGUCUCUUCUAAAAUUGAAUUGACUUAGAAAGAAUUAUAGCUUUAAGAAUAGAUACGAUAACAAUAACCGUAGUUCACAAACAUCAAGACAUUCCUACUUUACGAAACUGAAACGUGGAGAACUACUACAACCAUCAUCAAGAGAGUAUAAGUAUUUAUAGAUAGUUGUCUGCGCAAGACAUUCAAUAUCCGUUGAUCGGAUAUCAUCAGCAACGGCCUACUGUGGGAAAGAACAUACCAGGUUCUAGCUGAUGAGGAAUAGUAUCUUUGACUGAAAAACGCUUAUUUUUCAAGCGAACUUGAUAGACACGGGUUAUUUUGAGCAAAUCUUUUAUCUACUGAAAGUAUAUCAAACAAAGGUGGUCUUGACGUUAAAAUAAGUAAUCCAUAUUCAGUAAUCUGUCUGUAUUCACAAUAUGUUUCGCUCAUUCGCAGUCCAAGGUAGAUCAUCUAGUCUUCUUUAUCUGUUGAUAGAUUUAAAGUUUGGAGCACUUAAGUUCACUAAACACGAUCAAGAAUCAUGGCAGAUACCAAGAGCUUUUACUUGAACUAAGCUACUAAACUCCACUGCCACUAGCUUUUUUACGCGACUGUACUACAUAUUGUCAUCUAUUAAUAUGCUUUCCUAAUAUAUUAUUACUUUAGUAGUUUUAAAUAAGGUGUAAAUAGCAUUAACACACUUCUGAUCUUAUAAAUGGUGGAUCAGUGUCAUUAGAUCGUGCGAAAAUUUAAUCGACAUUAACACCAAAUCCUUUACAACAUAGUGAAAUCUCCAUGAGGAUAAUUAGUGAUAGACGUGGAUGUCAAAUAAUUUUUGGAGAAUAGAACCAAUGUACUUAUAAGUCUUUCUCUGCUUGAGAAUUAAGUAGAAAUUUAAAAUCACUGAUGAUAUAUAUGCCCCCAAAUGCCCUAGUACGGCUCUUCCUCUCGAAAUGCUCUCACAUGGCCACGCGUAUAUAGC